AUGCCUAUCGGAAAAUUAGAACAAUUCGAAUUAGAUUCAAAAGAGUGGCCAGCGUAUAUACGACGCGUUAAACAAUACAUGUUAUUAAACGAAGUGAAAGAGGAGUUAAAAGUAUCACUGUUAAUAACGGUAGUCGGGAAGGCGACUUAUUCGCUUAUGUGUGAUUUGUGUUCUCCGAGUCACCCGGAAACAAAGUCAUUCGACGAAUUAGUUAAACUGGUGAGUGAACAUCUGGAGCCACAGCGAUCCGAGAUCGCCGGGCGCCACGUAUUUCGUCUCCGGCGACAGCGCACCGGCGAACCGUUGUCAGAAUACCUACAGUGCUUAAAACACUUAGCGACCACUUGUAAUUUUGGAACUACAUUGGAGGAAAAUUUACGUGACCAAUUUGUUUCCGGCCUGGCUAGUGACGCGAUGAGGUCGCGUAUUUUUGCCGAGCGAAAUAUUAAAUACCGAGAAGCAGUCGAGUUGGCUAUGGCUGUAGAGGCUGCUGAGAGGCACGCGGAGGUGAGCGGGUCGAGAACGUCGACAGGGACCUCGGGUGCGGGCAGCGACGCGGCGGGCGAGGGCCUGCAUGCAGCGAGCGCGCGGCGCGCGCGGCCCGGCGGCGGCGGCGGCGGCGCGCCGGCGCAAGCGCCGAGGGCUGCGCCGCGCGGCGUCGACGCGCAGCUGCGGUGUUGGCGGUGCGGGCGCGGACAUCGCGCGGAUAGGUGCCGGUUUGCGCAGUAUAAUUGUGACGAGUGUAAUCAGCGGGGCCAUUUAAAGGUUAUGUGUAAAGAGGUGCGUAAUCGAUCGUACGGGCGACAUAAAUAUGUGAGUGAGACCGACAAAUCGGAGGACGAGUUUUUCAACAUUCAGUUGGCGGCUAAAGGUAAUAAACCAUAUUUAGUUAUUGUGAAGAUGGACGGACGACCGAUCGAAUGUGAAAUAGACACAGGUAGUCGUAUCUCCGCUCUCGGUGAUACAGUAUUGACUAGGGAUUAUACCACUAAAGGGGAAAAAUGGUCAGAGGGGACGGUCACCAAGAAAACCGGGCCCGUGUCAUUCAAGGUUGAUGUAGGGGGAGGAGUAGAGUGGAGACGUCACCAAGACCAAAUGAUACAGUUAGGUAAUAGAAAAGAAAAAAAUCGAUAUUCAUUGGCGCGAACAUCAACGACAGCUAGUGCGGACGCGAAUGUGGAACAGACGCCUGGGGUUGAUGACGAUGCAGAUGAUCAAUGUAGUGAAGCGCCCGAGACGGGUGCUAACGCGGGGCGGGCACUACGCUCCCCGGGUCUUCCAGGACCGGCGGGCGAGCCCGCGACGCCUCCACCCCCACCGGACGCUUCUGCCAGAGCUAUACGUGCUUAUAAAAGAGCUAUAAUACAGAAGGACAAAAAAACC